UGAAAAAUGGCAGACAUUUCACUCGUUUCAAGAGUACGAACUAGGCGAAAAAAUAGCUAAAAAAAUGGCAAGAACAGCAAGAAGACAACUCCAAGAGCGACAUCUGCUAUUUGGAGAAUAUUUGCGGAGCUGAAUAAUCCUGAACGUGCCCUAUCGAAGAUGAACUUAAUAUCGAUGGAUCGAUGGAUCGAUGGAGGUAAGCAUGUUUUAGCCACGUUUUUAAACUAGGAAUUAUUUUAAAUGAAUAAUAAAACAAUUAUUGAGUUCGGCUUUCGUAUCAUAUGAAGAAUUAUGGAGAUCUCGGAGAGUGUUAUCGGCCUCGGCCUACGGCUUCGACCGAUAACACCCAGUCCUCGAUCUCCAUAAUUCUUCCGUAAGAUAUUCAGCCUCAUUCAUUAAUUGUUUUAAAAUAUUCGACGCCUGCAGGAUGCCUGUCUUCGUGCUUGUUAAAAAACGUUGGGUCGAUUUUCGAGAUUCCAAGAACCAAAACAUUAAAAUUCGAGACUCCGAUACGAUACGAUACGAAUCAAUUUUUAGCGAGCCCGAGAUUCCGAGACUUCAAAUGCCAAAAUUUUCCGAGACCCACGUUUUCUAGGUACCAUUCUAUACCUCUUACACUGAGUGUGGACACUUAUCCGAUAUGUGACUCCCUUACGUCUUUUAUCAGAGGCAAAUAAAGGGAUGUCUCAAUAGAAUUUUCACAAACUAUCAAUACAAACAGAACGUCAUGCACCGAGAUACUUAGCUUCAGUUCAGUAGUUUGCAUAUCAACAAUUUCCCUUGAUCAUAACUGUGUAAUCAAAAUUCUUUUUGAAAUAAUAAAGUGACUCACUCAACUGAAAAUAACAGGAAGCUAGAUCAACCAUGAAAAAAAUUAACAAUCGUUUUUUGAUGAAAAAACAAGAGGUCUGCACGUGCAUCAUAUCUUUUAUAUUUUACAUUUCUUUGCUUUACAUGGAACUUUUAUGGAGGACGUAAAGACACUCUUGAAUUUGCAUAGAGUCCUUCUAAAAGAAUUCAGCUCAAUGAAAAAUUGCCUUCGUUUGACAAAUUGUAGACUACGAGUAGUCCCCCAUUUUUCCUCCGGGAUAGUAGAGCGAGCGAAACGCGAGCGGGCGUGAAAAUCACCCCACGCGAGAAAAGGCGACACGCGGCGUGGCGUGAUUUUCACGCGCGCUCGCGUUUCGCUCGCUCUACCGUGAUCCCUGAGGAAAAAUGGGGGACUACUCGUAGUCUAGACAAAUUGAGCUGGCCUGAAUAAAUGUGAUCGAGUUUGAAAGAACGCAAAAUCAUUUUUUUGUUUUUUGGCGACGUUUUCAAUGCGGUCGUCGUCUAAUGAUUGCUAAUGAGAUUGCUAAUAUUUAUCAUUACUGACGACUGGAAAAGUCCAGAGGUUUAUUUAUAAACAAAACAAGAAAAAAAUUUAAGCUGUUUCGUUCAUUGUUUCUAUGACCCUGUUUACAUGGAGUGGGGGACCCCGGUUUAGUGGGGUUGGUUUCUUUUGUUUUCACGCUCUGGGGGACACAAAACAAAAGAAACUUACCCCACUAGACCGGGGUCCCCCACUCCAUGUAAACAGGGUCUAAGUUGUCCGGCAACGCAAGAAUGUUUUCCCUUAAUGCUUACAUUACAUUGUAAUUACUUGUUGAUGCAUAACGUCACAACCUCAAAUAAUACAAUAGGGACUAACGUGCAUCCACGCAAACAAGCUUUAGCUGAUUAGAAGCUUACCUUUCUGCCAUAAAUAAGGCUACCACUCUUUUCUCUCUUUCAACCUGGUAAGUUCGAGCUGAACAAUUAUUUUACAUACCUGAAUAAGACGUGUUAUUAAGUUAUCUAAACUUUCAACUAUUUUAAAAUUCAAUCGAUAAUGUAGAACUUAGAAACGGAUGCAUGACUUCAACUUUGAACUAUCGUAUUGUAAACUGACUUUACAAUCUUGACAAAAAUAUGUGUUGGACUCUUUUAAAUCCUUUAUUUUAAGCUCUUAGAGAGUCUUAAAAUCCGAAGAGCCUGGUUACUUAUUUUAGGAAAUUAUUUUUUCAGUUGUGCUUAAGAUGAUAUAUGAGUUGUUCCUUUAGUGGGUAUGAAAGACGGCAUAUUUAACAUCAGGCCAGGUUAUAUGACGAGUCAGAAAUGUUUAGAAUACAUGGGAUUUUUAGUGACAAACAUGAUAGAAGUAGCUGAGAUCGUUAAAGACGAAGUCACCUUUGAAUCAAUAUCUGCCGUCAUUUAUAUGUCACCUGGUUGAAAAAUCGUACAAAAUGCGUUAAUGUUAUACAUUAACUGAUUGUGAAUUCAGCUGGUUUUUCAAUUAACUUCAAAGUUUCGCAAAUGCUAUAGCGAGCAGUCAUUUACAUGUCAUGUAAUUUCUGCCUCUCUUUUUUCAUACCUGUCUCACGUAUUUACCUCCAAUCACUAGCGCUGAACAAUCAAUCAAUCUGAGCGUAUUGAAAAGAUCAUUUUUUAAGACUUCCGCUAUCUUUUGGCUUGAGUAACCCCUGUCCAAUAUUGCUGCCACAAAGGUACACAUACCGAAAUACUGAACAGUCUAUAGGCGUGAUUUAAUGAACAAUUAUAGUAUUUAGUCAUGCCUCCAGUUAGCUACUGGAGCAUGGUAUCUUUGAGCGUCGUAUAACUGGUUUAAUUAAACGUUCAACCUUAAAUUCCGGGUUGAGAAAGAACAAAAAAACAGUGCUAUUUUGUUAGAGUUGAUUACAAGAGUGAGCUAAUUAAAUGUCACUAGUUUACGAUUCCAUUGUUAGUCACCAUUCAUACGCCGAGUGAGAAAUUCAUUCACAACGACGGAUUACUUUCAGUCUGACAAGAACAAUUAAAAACUGCGCUACACGAAAGUAAUCUUGUGGCCGUGUUCGAUUCAAAUGAAAGCCCUUAGGCACCAAACAUUUCAAGUGUGGGAGAGCCACCUACAACAGAAUAGGCAGUUAAAGUUCUUGGAAAAGUCCUGCGUCUGAUUAUUUUAAGAUGACUGAUUUAAAAUGCCGUGCGUCUGUGACCACAUGGAUCAAAACAUUCACGUACAUCCAAAGCAACUUCAUUUUUUAUUUAAUUCUUUAUUAGAAAACAUAAACAUUGUUUUUUUUUUUCUGAAAUUGAGCCCAACUAUUAAUGAUAACGCCACUGCGCGCGCAACCUUAACCUACACGUUAGAUAAUUCAGUUAUCUGCUAAUAGACAACUUGAGUAAUUAAUAGGGUGCGCUGAUUUUCGAAAUUAACAUAGGUUCUUAGACAAUGAGAAGAAUGCUCAAUACUGUCUUCAUUUUUAAAGGUGGUAACACGUAGCUUUUCUUUAUAAGUGUGAUGUGACAUAGAGCAGUUUUAUGGAAUAACAAUCAGAGAGGCCUAGCGAUGGGAAACUCAGUGGAUUGCUGUUAUACCACCCGACAAUACAACCAGUGUUAUUUCCCAUGCAUUCGGACUUGUUCGUACACCAAUCGCCGAGUGUGGUACAAUUACGAUGGACUGGAGAGUGUUCAGCCCUUGAUUGACGUCAUCAAACCCGAAGGGAGAGUGAUUCACAAGUUUCCUACAACGCUGGCGGACAUUACUGAAGAUCAUGAAAUAGCUAAAGCGUUGGCGUCAGGUAUUCAGUUAAACAGAUUAAAAUAGAGAAUUCAAGGUCCGGUUUAUAUGGAAACCUGUCCCGGGUAGGAAGGUUACCUUCCCUCCUGAGUCAGCGUUAAUUUGAGCAAGCGUUUUUAUGGGUAAAAAGUUGACCACAGCCAACAACGCUUACGCAUGCACUGAAUGUAUCGCCUUGACUUGGUUGACCCGGCUGGGCGAGCCAAAGUGUGGUGAAACGUUGGCCCGGCUAGGAAGAUGACCAAGCUGAGCGAGUCUCCCAUCUCACAGGGCGAACUUUUGGUUCUCAAGUAGCCUGCGUAGCAUGGCAGUUUUGUCGGGAGCACGACUCAGUGAGCGGCGAAGCCGCAAAAAACGCGCGCUCAUGAUGUUAAAGGUUUUCUGUUUCUCAUGCAAACUAAUUGAACACAGUACCGUACCUCUCCUUCAUAAAAGGGUACCGUGACAUUUUCUUUACCUUCUUCUGUUUUCCUUAGACAUUUAAGACCCUUCGUAUUAGUCCGAUCCUGAAAAUCGAACUCACGACCUGCUGUCUGUCAGCACUUUAACACUUGAGUUAACGCUAUUGCCGUUUAAAAAAAUAUUCCGUGAUUUGUUUUUAUUUCAUGUUGACUUCAAAAAGCCAACAGACAAUUUUUUAUAUAUGCGCAGGCCUCGAUCCACCGGGACAACUAGCUGCCAUCUGUCGCUUCGCCAGUAACUAUGGAUACCGAAUUCGCGCCGUAGGAACUGGAUCCUCGUGGUCUCGCCUGACCAGUACACGCGACAUUCUGAUUGACAUGACAAAUCUGAAUCGUAUUUUAACCCGUAAGCCAGCGAACCGACGAGAAAAUCUACAGAAGGAAUACGUGGACAUCGAAGUAGAAGGGGGAAUGCAGGUUUAUCGGUUUGUUGAGAAGCUCGACAAGGCCUAUGGGCUUGGGCUCCCGAUGAUGGGAAAUUAUGCGGGGCAGACAGUUGCUGGGGUGGCUUCUACAUCCACGCAUGGAUCCGGUUAUUUUUCUGGGACUAUGGUAGGUGGUACUACUUAGAAAGGUGUCGAAAGGGGUAAUUACAUUGGACCGAUAAGGGGCUUGCGCUGGGUACAAAACCAUACCCAUACAUUAUAUUUUCAAGUUUAAUUGACUCUAUGAUUAUGUACUUAUUUAAUUGACUAGUGUAUUUAGUUCGUUAUUUUUUUAGACUAUUUUCCUACUGAUAUGUAUACCUUGUCAGAAACUGUGCUCAAAUUGCGGGUGGCCCCUCCUAAAAUGUUCUACAAUUGGUAUAGUAUUUAAUGGAGCAGAAACCAAUUGUGAAACUGCACACAUUUUAUCCAACUGAUGGACAGUCACGACUUAUAACAAUUUGCCGUCUGUCCCCUUUGAAUUGAAUACGUUACAUACGAGAAUGAUCAGUGUUAUAUUAGUUAUUGAAGCUGCACCUUGGAAUUUUCUGCAAACAUAUACUGAGAAAUCAAAAUGGUUGGGCAGCUUCUUAGAUUAUCCAGGGAGAUACCGAAAGUCAUUGAACUGUUUUGAGGAAUCCUUUAUCCUAUGCACACUGAGGAACACGCCCAUUUCGAGUCUUUGUCAAAAUUCUUUGACCAACAGUUACAGAAAUAGCUGGAAGUUGUUUGCGCCGUGAUUUAGACAAAGCUAAACGAGUCUUUUGGUCGCGCAUCGCACUCGGCUAUGUCUACCGCUACCCCCUGUGUCGUAACGCUUAUAACAAUGAGCUAGCUUAAAUGCACCAGAGAACGUAGGGGUUAUAGUUGAGGGCAAAGCGAGAAAACUAUGUCCAGCCAAAUGCCUCUAUCGAUAAAAUGAUGGUACGCUCGGCGUUAAUAAAAAUAACUACAGCUGUAACUAACUGUAAGUGAAUGUAUACUUCCACAUGUCGUAUGUAUUUUUCUCUUUUUACGCAGUCGACCUUAGUUGUUGGUUUCCAUUUAAUCAUCUCAAACGGCAUUCAAGUUAAACUGACCAGAGGGGACGAAACAUUUGACCGAUGCCAAGAAAAAAUCAAGCGUGCGCAGUACGGCGGAAACCCAGUAGAGCUCAAAAGCACCGAUGUGUUUUGCGCAGUGGCUGUUGGAUUGGGCUCCCUGGGCAUUAUCUACUCCAUCACCUACCGUUGUAUCCCUGUGUAUAAUAUUGAAGAGGAAAGAACUGUUGUCCAAAUCCCCUGGCCAGGUCAGAAGGCGUUUCAUGUUCAUCAUAAAUUUGAGGCAAUCCUGCGGAACCGCACAGAAGGGGAGUUUUUCUCAGUGUUUGUUAACCCGUAUCCUGAGCCGAAGAGGUAAUAAUUCGCGAUAUCAUUACCCUUCUAUACAGUUGACCCGCCAUUACGCGGCCACCCUCGGGGAACCUGUAAGUAGCUGCUUAAUGGAGGUUGGCCGCUCCGUAGAGGUUCGUUGUAAAUUAGCAAAACAUGAGCAUAAUCUUCGGCAGAAGCAUUACUUUAUUUUGAAACAAACGCCCGACGGGAGUAGCAUUACUCGUCCACAAUCCGUCGUCAACUUCCAUCUCAGAUUGUAUUUUCCUCCAUUUUAUUCUUGAAAUAAAGCCAAACUAUUGGAUAUAGGUGAUAAAAAUAGGGGAACUCUCGUUGGGACGGUAAUUAAAAAGGUGGCCGCGGCCGCUUUAUAGAGGUUUAAGUACCCAUUCUUUUCUUCAAAUAUUUCGGGAUUUUAUUACUGGCCACUUAAUGGAGGUUCAACUGUAGUUAAGAAGUAAAUACAAUCAAAACUUACUGAAGACACAACAAAACGCAUUUUAUGAAGGACGUGAACGUACAACGAAGAAUUUUCCUUUCUAUUUUUGAACCUGGAUUAAGUCCUUAUGAUUCAACUCCAGGAAAAAACGCCCACAUUUGAAAAAUAGAGCGGGUCCAAACAGAUGCAAUAAAAGUUGCAAACGACGCAUAUUCAUUUUUUUUAGCGAUGUUCGCCAUCGUCGUCAUUGUCGUUGGUUAAGCUACUUAUUACUGAACACACGAAAAAAGGGAAUUCAUUUGCUAUAAUUAUUUAUUUUUCUUUAGAUAUUUGUACGCAGCAUACCUAAAAGGAAAGAGGACCACCCGCAGCCCAACAUGCUGUGCCUGUUGCUCUUGGUGGUGUUGUAAGGGUGGCAGAGGAUGCGCAGAAGUUGGCUGUAUGCAGACAGACUGUACAGCGUCUUGCCUUCAGACGUGUGCUUCAUGUUGCCCAACACGAAUUCCCGAUAUCACGAACUUUGGCGUUUCUCAAUUUUCUCACAAACAUCCUUACGUACAGAAAUGGUACAAUGUUUUGCAGUUCACCAAAGGCAACAUGCAGUGAGUAUUUUACUUUUUAUCUAUUUGAGGAAAACAGCUGACAGAAAACAAAAGAAAUCGCUGGUAAAAAGAGCUUUUUGUAAUUGGUAAUUUGAAAGAUCUUAAAAAAAACUCGACGUAGUGUUUUCAUCUUGUAACCCGAAGUUUGGGGGUGCGGAGGAAUCAGCUACGCCUUUUUCUGCCAUCCUAUCUCAGGGCUUUAGGAUGUCGGUUGAAACACUUCAAAUCGUGUUUAAUGAAUUGCAUUACUUGAAAGCCUUUUAAUAUAUAUGAUCACUAAAUUUUAUGAAUUGAGGAACAAAUACCCUGAAAAUAUCAUGACCGACAAACGUAAUAAGCUUAUUGGUAGCAAAACAAAUUGAUUUUCGGAUACGAAAAGCCGCGCGCAGUGAUCACGAUGUUCGUGUCUUUCAAAUGACCAUGUAAGUGAACUGAAUUGUGGCUAACCAGAGUAAACAGAUCCUGUGUAAUCGUUACAGUAACAGACUGCUUCUGGGCUAAUUAGUAGUUUUUGUUGAGGAGUGAGUAUUGUUUUGUAUUAAGUAACUGAGGUGGUAGCAUACAACAACUGCGAAUCGAAUUGAACCGGAAGAACUGCCUGCCCAUUUCAAAGUUGCUGUAGGGAAAUGUUUCUUUUAAACUCUGUCCUAGCCAGGUGUAUUUCAAAAGGCAUUUUACUUAAGGCAAAGAGAAAGGUGUAUCUUCCCUUUAACUAUAAUUGCUAUCUCUCACAUGGUCAACAGAUGAGCAAAUUUUCUUGGAAAAUAACCAGGGAAAAAGUGUUAAAUUCCACUACAGGAAAUGUUUGGUAUUAACAGUCUUCACAUGGUCGCCCUUCCAUUGUUUUGUACACUAAAGGUGAAGUUACACGGGAUGAAUCGGAACGACGAUUUUUAGCAAAACACAGCGCAAUGUUGCAAUGUUGCAGUUGUAACCAUUUGAAACAAUAUCGCAACAAUGUUGAAUUGCAACGCUGUGUUGCGGUAAAAAUCGUCGUUGCGAAUCGUCCCGUGUAACAUCGCCAUGAUGGCUUCAAAGUAAGCGGUUCAGUUGAGAUAAUGGCCACUUUUGUCUCCCUUUACAGCAUUCGUACAGCUGAAUUUUGCCUUCCAUUAGCACAUUUAGACGAAGCUUUGGGUGAAGUCAUUGAAAUAGCCAACCAAUAUGCCAAGAGGUUCAGGCAGUAUUCUUUGUUACCAAUUUAUGUUCGGUUUGUAAAGACAGACGACCUGUACCUUAGUCCGGCGAACAGCAAAUGUGCAGUGGAUGGAAGUAACAAUGACCAUGCCUGCUAUAUAGAGGUACAAAUGUUAAAUAAACCUAAAAUGAUAAUGGUAGUGACAACGAUAACGGUAACGAUAAUGAUAAUGAUAACGGUAGCAGUAACGUUGACAGUAACGGUAACGGUAACGGUAAAAGUAAGGGCAAUGGUAUUGAUAACGAUAAUGGUAACGGUAACAGUAACAGUAAGGGCAAUUGUUUUGAUAACGAUAACGACAACGGUAACGGUAACGUUGACAGUAACGGUAACGCUAACGGUAGCAGUAAGGGCAAUGGUAUUGAUAACGAUAAUGAUAACGGUAACGGUAGCAGUAAGGGCAAUGGUAUUGAUAACGAUAAUGAUAACGGUAACGGUAACAGUAAGGGCAAUGGUAUUGAUAACGAUAAUGAUAACGGUAACGGUAGCAGUAAGGGCAAUGGUAUUGAUAACGAUAACGACGGGUAACGAUGACGAUAAGGAUAAUAAUAAUGACAAUGAUAACUAAAAGCAAGACUUUGUGAACUCUGUAUAAGAACAUAGUUUUUUUAGGGGUUUGAAAGAUCAGCUCUCUUUGUCUAACAAAUAAAUAAACACAUUAGUGGGGGAUGGUCGUGGAGGGUAUAAGUUUCAUGAAGGGACAGCGAGAUUAGUUAAGGGUGGCAGUUGUAGCCUUGCACGAGAAAGCUUUUUCCUGUAAGAAAUCACUGAGGAUUACGUGUUUUUUGUAGUUUUUUCAUUCACGGAAAGGGUCUCAAUAGUAACGUCGCGUCGUCCAAUUUAAUUCCAACCACGGUAUUGGAAAUAUUUAUCAUCAAUUAAUUCUCCUUAAUUUUCAGAUCCCCUUUCUACCAGGAGCAUUCGGUAUCGAAGAAUAUCACAAGAACAUCGAGGACAAACUGUUCACAAAGUAUAAGGCUCGACCACACUGGGGCAAAAAUCAUCACCUUACGACAGGCAGAAUUUAUGAGUUGUAUCCAGAUCUUGAAGAUUGGAAAAAGGUUUUUAGACUUUUCAACGCGACGGGUAUUUUUUGUAAUGAAUUCACACACAAUGUAGGGUUUGACACAUGCAUUGCGGACCUAUUGAAACUUAGGGCCGGAAAUGACACUGGGAUUGUUAAUGAUGGGCUUGCAGAGGACGACGUCAUUACGCUGCAGCCCACUUCUUAGAACGUUUUACACAUACAUACUCAUUGUUAAAAUUAAUUGCAGUGGAACCAUCAUUCAGGGGACACCCUCGGGACCAACUCAGAUGUCCCCUAAAUAGAGGUGUCCCCUGAAUGGACGUUGGGCUGGGGAUUGUUAAUAAUUAACCAAAGAAUAUAUAAUAUUUUUCUUAUAUAUUCUAGCUCUGACUGCAGGUAUUACUUCAAGCAGCUAUAGCUAGAUAAUGUAUAAAAAAUCAUGAUUAACUUAUUUCUGCGAUGUUGUUUGGUUAAUUCCCGCAAGUGUAGUGCAGCGAU